GUACACUGACUAGGUACAUUACCUUAUCCUCGCACUUCGGAGUCUUGCCACUGGGCGCCAUCGGUUUGCGUUGGAGUCGCUGAUUUCAUGUUGUUGCAAGCCCUGAGACAUACUUAGGCGGUAAUGUCUCCGAAGCUCUUCUACACGGAUUCCGAGGACGACUCUAUAGGCACCGAAUACACCACUCAAGACGACGGCGAUGGGUUGUACGACAUUGAGAAGAUUCUCAGUCAGAAAGACAACUAUUUCCUCAUCAAGUGGCAGGGCUAUGCGACGCCUGAAGCGACCUGGGAGCCGCGUGACGGCCUCCCUCCUGACGACAGUGAAAUAUGGGUGGAAUGGCGUCGGCACCUGAAGGCCGUGAGAGAUGGGCGCGAACAGGCGUUUGACCAGCAUCAGUGGCAAAAAGAAUGGGAGAAGCAUCGAGACGAGAAGAAUCGCAGACGAGCUCGAAGAAAUGCCAAACGUCGCAAGAAGAAUCUGCCAACUCGCCCGGACACGUUGGAAGAGGAAAGCACGCACGCCGCAGACUCUCACGAAGAGGAAGAUUCUGAAGAUGAUGCGCCUUUGGCGUUGCGCACAGCCAACCGUCGUGCACCGCCACAGCAGCCUGUUCAUCGCAAGGGUGUGGCUCAGAAACUCACGAAGCCACGCCGUGAGCAGCGAAAUGCCUCGUCUUCUAGUGACGAAUCUGCAGAAAUCACAUCGGACGACAGCGAGGAGUCACUGGUAGUAACAGGCUCCCAGAAAGUCAAACUCCGAUCACCAUCAUCGAUCAAGAGACCCUCCAGGGAAGACGUCCGCAGGAAGCGUUCUCAAACCUCCUCCGUGGUAUCGCCAAAGAAGCAGCGUCUCAACUCACACUCAAAAUCACAGGUCACGCAAGAUGAGCGUAUACACGAAGCACAGCCGCAACAACGGCCAUCUGCCCCAAUGCGAACUCAAUCAUCCCAGUCUGCCAUACCUAGGAAGAACGUGCCAAGCAGUAGUGCUUCAGUCGCCUUACCCGCUCGAGCUAAGAAGUCGAAGAACGUUAUGUCAAACUGGGAUGGCGAGGCUAAAAAGCGCAAACGUGUACCGAAGGUCGGGUCCGUAGUUGAUGAGACAGCACGGCCUGGGUUUCUUCAUCUUCGGAUGCAGCACGCAGUCCAGAAGAGCACUCGCGAGGAAGGUGCUCCUGAUCUUAGUGCCUUGAACAUUAUCGAUCCGAAAACGGGGAACGUGGUUGUGCCGUCCAAAGUCAGCACUGCUUCAGUCGCGGCAGCAGAACAGUCUGCCACAAAGACAGCUACGGGAACCAGUACUGCUCCAGGAGUGACUGCCAGUACCCCUCCUGCUACGAUCGUGAGCGGUAUCGAUGGCGCGUAUUCGAGACGGUCGCCACCGCCCAGUGCUAGGAACCCCGAAGCAUUGCCUGUACGCUCCACCGAGGGCUCUGCUAGCGAUCUGCGUGCGGAGAACACCUCGGAGCACCAACAUUCUGCUACAUCAGGUGAUGCGAACGCAUCGCUUUCCAUCCGAAAGACUGCCAUAUGCCGUUUUUGGCGAGAGGGCACUUGCAAACACAGUGCGCAGAAUUGCAGCUUCGCGCAUUCUUUCGCGGCUGGCGAUGCAACGAAGAUAGGUGGCGAGUAUGCCUCAAAACUGAGACUGCCGCCACCAGACGAACGGUAUGAUCCUGGCCAACUCCGUUGCCAUUUCUUCCGCACUCACGGAAUUUGCAAGCGCGGAGCUGUCUGCAAGUAUGCCCAUCAUGACACACCAUAUGAUGCUCCACCGCCAGGCGUCACGGUCGAAGAUGUGAGAGCGAGCCAACUCGUGUAUGCACAAUCUACCAUGUCACGAGACCCGCAAAAGACUAGGAAGCGUCCCGAUAGUGGCAAGCAGCAUUCUAGCGAUCUUACUUGCUACUUCUGGCGUACCCAGAAUAGUUGCAAAAAGGGCAAGUACUGCCCAUUCUCACACUCGGAUACUGGUUUCAACGCGCCGCCGCCACCUGGUAUACUCAAGAAUAUGCUCCGGUCGAACGAGGCGCCAGAGCCCAGAACCAACUUGGCGCCUAUGGGGAAUCAUCGAUGGACGUCAGGCGCGGAUGCGGAGGUACCACGACAGUCUUUUGACAGACCAGUGUUUGGUGAGCCGCAGUACGCAAAGGUGCCAGAAGCAACUCCCGCACGUAUGGGGUUUCAUGGCGCUUCUGAUCUGGUCUUGUCACCAGAGCCACUAAUAGCGUCACCUAUGCACACAUCUUUGCCUGGCCCCCAGAUAUCACCAGAAUCAGGAAACUCGCUGUGGGAUGUCGGCAGUGCGUCUGCCGCAGUGAUCACGAGAAGUGCGAUGCUCAAGCUGUACCACCAAGGCAGCGAGCAUCCUCAUAGCAUUCGACUCACACUCGAUGUAUUCGGAGACGAUAUGUUUACGCGUAUGGUAGGAGAUAGUCCGGUCCUUUGCGCAGAGCACGCGAUAUUGACCAGCGAUGUGCAAGCUGUGCUCUGGCAGGACAUACAGAACAGUUCCAACGCAGCUUCUGCGGUCAUACAUAUGGAUGUGUCUCCGAAACACGAGGUAUCAAGCGCAGCAGAGCUUUGUAAGCUGCACGAGUGCUGUUUGCUUGCCUCUGUGGAGGGUUACAGCGCAACGAACAUACUGGUCUAUCCGAGCAACGCCGAACAGUGGAAGUUCCUCGAUACGCCGGGUCUGCCUUCGGACAGUAGUGCCUCGCUGAAGCUCUGUGCAUUUGACGGCUGUCCGGAUCUUCGACGCAGGCUGAGCUCGAGACUCACACCCAUGAGACUUGAUCCACGGUCUCCUGCUCUCAUCGUCGGUGAAGUGUUGGCGCAAGUGGAGCGUAGCCGCAUCUUUGAUAAAGGGGUCGAAGCCGUCUUCCUUAUGAUACCUCCUGCACACGCGGCCGAGCUUGAUUUCUUGAAGCAAGUAUUCGUCGAGAUGAAGUGCAGGGUGUAUCACGCCGGAAUGCCUGGAUCGUGGUCUUACUUCUGCAAAAGAUACGACAGAGCUGGUGUGGUCUUAGUGCAUCCGAAUACACCUCUUUGGCGCAUUCCCAAAUUACACGAAAUGACAUUGCGUCCUACCUCUUUCUUCACGAUUGGCAUCGACCAUACUGCAGCACUUCUAGACGACCGGGAGGAUGUUUUUGAAUGCACGCGGUUGUUUCCUCUCGGUGGCGCUGCGCUCUUAACUGAUGAUCUGAUCGCUCACUAUCCAGAAGAGGCCACCGAGAUCAUACAGAACUUCCUCAAUGCUACAAGCAGCAAGCCGGAAGGUGCCGAGGUGUACAAGAUCGUCGCCCGGCCCGGACUGAAACGUUUCCUGCUGGAAAAUUUCAUAGAACGAGGCCGACCGGAUGAGCGCUGGUUGCGUUUGUAUGGGGCCGUGUGUGAUCUUUGCCCACCAGAGGACGAAGACCUCGAGGAUCCACCCAAUCCGUUGGCUACAUCACACUUGGUCUCCAUCAACCCUGAUUUACUUCCGAGCUUUGCUGGGCUGUGGGAACGUGACCAGGAAGCUGCAGCAGACGUGCUGGUUGAGUGGUUUGCAGGAUGGGCUCUGCUCCACGCCAGCAGGUUUCGAAAGUUUGCGGUGAUUACCGGCACAGGCGCAGACGAUCGAGGCUGGGCACUCCGAUACCGACAUAUUGGUGUCAUGAGGCCGGAGCAAGCGAUGAAGUACGUGAUCAGGGGGAACAAACCACAAAAGGGUAUUCGCAAUUGGAAGGCCUCGUAGUAAUGAAUAGACAACUACUACCAUUCUGCGUGUAUCCAUAUCAUUUCUUCUCAGAUAUUCCUCGUCUCAAUUCUCUCUACCCUGCCUCCCGGCUGCAUGUAGCCAACUUGAUCAAACUCUCCAAGUUAGCAGGCAGUAUCACACUCUCUCGGCAUCGUUCGCAUGUCCUGUGGGUCCACUCGAGCUAUAAUCAAUGGUGACAAAACACCGAUCCACCUCUUGCAACCCUUCACAGCAAUACUGUAACGUCUCGGCGACGUCGUGCGCGUGAUGCAAUUUCGUGUCGGGUUCCAUGAGCACGUCAAUUUCCACCCACACGCCAUCUCCCGCGUGGUAGGCAGUGACGCUUUUGAAACCUUGCACGACGGGACUGAAGCGGUAGGCGAUGUACAUUAAUUUCUUGAUAAACUCCGUAUCAGCAGCUUGACCUGAUAAUCUCGUGAUAUUUUCAAAACACGUCGAGGCCCAAUCGAAAAUGAUGAAGAUGGAUAGAAUGGCGGCGCCGGCGGGAUCGAGCCACCAGAUGUCGGCGUAGUAGCCGAU